AUGCCCAAUUUCGCUGGCACCUGGAAGAUGCGCAGCAGCGAGAAUUUCGACGAGCUGCUCAAGGCGCUGGGUGUGAACGCCAUGCUGAGGAAAGUGGCCGUGGCGGCUGCGUCCAAGCCUCACGUGGAGAUCCGCCAGGACGGGGAUCAGUUCUACAUCAAGACAUCCACCACGGUGCGCACGACUGAGAUCAACUUCAAGGUCGGAGAAGGCUUUGAGGAGGAGACAGUGGACGGACGCAAGUGCAGGAGUUUAGCCACUUGGGAGAAUGAGAACAAAAUCCACUGCACACAAACUCUCCUGGAGGGGGACGGCCCCAAAACCUACUGGACCCGCGAGCUGGCCAACGACGAGCUCAUCCUGACGUUCGGCGCCGAUGAUGUGGUCUGCACGAGGAUUUAUGUUCGGGAGUGAAGGCGGCUGGCUUGCUCCUGCUUUGGGGGUGGAUUCAUGUUCCCCCGAGGAAUGUCAUAGUUCUGAGCUGCCAGUGGACCUCCUCUUCCCCAGUAUCAACAUUAGGUGAUCCCGUUUUCCCCACGAUAAUGCUGUAGUGUUUCCCCCCAAGGCUUCGUGCCUCCGUGUCCCUGGUGCUCCAUAGUUUGGCAUCUCUAUGGUUUCAUCAGCCAUUAAACUGGUUGUACACACCUCAA